AUGGCGGGUAAUAUGAAUAUGAUACAAAUGAAAGAUAUGAGUAGUAGUAGUAGUUUCACUACUGCUGCUGUUUCACCUCGAGAACAACCUUUGAUUGCCUACUUGUCGAAAAAAACAUCUGCUACUGCAAGCAAGAGGGAGCCGGGUGGUGUUCCUGACAUGACUCCCGAAUUUUUCUUGAACUUAGAAGAGCAAGGCUUCCUAACCCGUGAUAGUGGCAAACAAGUUUUUCGCGGUGGUGCCCCACAUAUUGAUUAUUUUUUGACGAUAGUAUCUGUGCAACAACAUGAUUGUAAAUGGGAAGGUUUUGUUAUGAACCGUGUGCUAUUUUUAAAGGGCCACGGUUUAAAUGUGGUGGAAUUGAAAGAGAGCAUUGUUGCCAUCCUUGAACUGGCGGAAGAAUGCUUAAAAUGUAAUUCUUUAGUUGUUUGUCUCGACAAAAAAUGUACUCAUUUAUCUACACUCAUUCGUAGCUUCUUAUACGUGGGAUUCGAACUUGUUUUGCCUGGAACUUUUAAUCACAAUUCCAGUGAUUUCCUUCUUGUUGGCAUGGAAUUGUGA